UAAAAGUUCACUUAUUAGGACUGUAAUUAGUCUAAUCUUGAAGGCGGUUCGGCGGUUUAGUGUGUAAUAACAGUAUAUUCAAAGAUGUUUCUUAAGCAAAUUAAUCAAACCCUGUCCCUUUUCCCUCUUUUUUCUUUUCCGUAUAUAAUACUAAUCUUGAAUCUUUGAUUUCCCAAAGUUCACGAGAAAAUUAUUCAUUCCCUUUUCUCCAGAAAAUUCCUCGUUUUCUCCUUUUCUUUUUCUUUUUUAUUUAAUUUCUUCAGCUUUCCCUUUUGUCUUUUGGUGUCUUGGGGAGAUUUCGAAAAGCCCGUCACGAAGUUUUUAAAAAGAGUUGAAGCUGUAGGACUCUCGUGAUUCGGAGCUUUUUAUGCUUUCAGUUCGCCGGAUCUUGGUCGUCUUCUUCGCCCUUUGUUCAACGUGAUUUUCCUGCUGGGUAUGUUUUGAGUUCAUUUGGUUGCUGGGAAAAUGCAGGAAAAGGGAAGGAGGAGAUCAUGAAUCCUUUUGAAUUAGCAGGUCUUUCUAUCUAUAUUGCAGCUUCUCUUGUUUUGAAGAUAGAGACAGAAGAUUGUAAAUACAAUGAGAAAUGUUGGACGCAGUGUAAUUGUUAGAAAACCAAAUGAGACUAUGAGGCUUAUUGUAACAAUUUCUGUUGGAGUUGUUUUUGGCUUUCUAAUAGGAAUAUCUUUUCCAACUUUGUCAAUAACUAAGCUGAAUCUCCCAUCCAGCCUUCUUCCCAACGUUGAUAUCGCUUACAUUCGGGACAAAAGUUCAGGCUUUUCAACCCAAGCACUGUUGGAUGCUUUGUCUUCUGCAAAGUACAACAGAACACAAGCUCAAAAUUUAAAUGGCACCUCAAAGAUUUGGGCCCCUUCAAAUCCUCGGGGUGCAGAAAGACUACCACCAGGCAUUGUUGCAGCUGAGUCAGACUUCUACCUCCGUAGAUUGUGGGGUAAACCUAGUGAGGACCUGACUAUCAAACCAAAGUAUCUUGUAACAUUUACUGUUGGUUAUGAUCAGAAAAAAAAUGUCGAUGCAGCAGUUAAAAAGUUCUCUGAGGACUUUACCAUCCUUCUAUUUCAUUAUGAUGGUCGAACAACUGAAUGGGAUGAAUUUGAGUGGUCAAAGAGGGCCAUUCAUGUGAGCGUUCGGAGACAAACAAAAUGGUGGUAUGCCAAAAGGUUUCUGCAUCCUGACAUUGUGGCGCCAUAUGACUAUAUAUUUAUCUGGGAUGAAGAUCUAGGAGUUGAGCAUUUUAAUGCAGAAGAAUAUAUAAGACUAGUGAGGAAAUAUGGCUUGGAGAUUUCACAACCUGGUUUAGAACCUAAUAAAGGGUUAACAUGGCAGAUGACAAAGAGAAGAGGUGAUCGUGAAGUCCACAAAGAAACAGAGGAGAAACCGGGCUGGUGCCCUAACCCACAUUUGCCUCCCUGUGCAGCGUUUGUUGAGAUCAUGGCUCCUGUAUUUUCUAGAGAUGCAUGGCGGUGUGUGUGGCAUAUGCUUCAGAAUGACCUGGUACAUGGUUGGGGUCUUGACUUUGCUCUCAGAAGAUGUGUAGAGCCUGCCCAUGAGAAAAUUGGAGUCGUAGAUUCUCAAUGGAUCGUUCAUCAAACUGUUCCCUCGCUUGGGAACCAGGGGCAAGCGGAGAAUGGGAAGGCACCAUGGCAAGGGGUGAGGGAGAGGUGUAAAAAAGAGUGGACCAUGUUUCGAGUUCGCAUGACCAAUGCCGAAAAAGCAUAUUACAAGGAGAUGGGAAUUAAUCCUACCAAUUCCACAGCUGACUAGGGGAUGACCCUCACAGAAGCUGACCUGUAUACAAUCAUAAUUACCACUGUUCUUAGGGUUUUUUAUUUUAUUUUAUUUUAUUUAAUAAUAGCAAUCAUUUUUUAGUAUCCCAGAGGUUACUGAUGAGAGUGCUUUGAUCUUCCAUGCUGCUAGAAGUGAAUGGGUACCCGGGUGGCAGGUGAAAGAGAAAAAAGGUCAAUUAUUCGUUUCUAUCAUCGUCUAUUCAUUUUUGUUCUCUCUUUCACACAUUGAUAUGUAGACAUUAAAUGGGCAAGAAAGUUCCUCCUUCAUGGGCCAUUAUAGAUGAAAUAUGAAUCAAAGUUAAUGCUAGCAA